AUGUCGGGUCGAGGAAAGCAAGGAGGUAAAGUAAGGGCGAAAGCCAAGUCUCGUUCUUCACGAGCCGGCCUACAGUUCCCAGUAGGUCGUGUGCACCGUCUUCUCCGCAAAGGUAAUUAUGCUGAGCGGGUGGGCGCUGGCGCCCCAGUCUAUAUGGCAGCGGUGCUUGAGUAUCUGACUGCUGAAAUAUUGGAGCUGGCUGGCAACGCUGCUCGGGACAACAAGAAAACCAGGAUCAUUCCCCGUCACCUGCAGCUCGCCAUCCGAAACGACGAGGAGCUCAACAAGCUGUUGGGGAAAGUCACUAUCGCUCAAGGGGGUGUCCUGCCCAAUAUCCAGGCCGUGCUGCUGCCCAAGAAGACUGAGAGCCAUAAGGCGAAGAGCAAGUAAAAGUGACCAUAUACUAAAUCAACCCAAAGGCUCUUUUCAGAGCCAC